UUGCUUUUCCUUUUCUUUCAGACAGCAAUGGACCAAUUGCACAUGCACUUCACUCAAGCUAUUCACAACACUGUGUUUCAAGUAGUGCUUGGAUAUGUGGAGCUUUGUGCAGGAAACACAGACACCAAGUUUCAGAAGUUACAAUACAAAGACCUCUGUACACAUAUUACAUCAGACAGCUACAUUCCAUGCCUUGCUGAUCUCUGCAAAGCCCUUUGGGAAGUCAUGCUCAGCUAUUACCGAACAAUGCAGUGGCAUGAGAAUCAUGAUCAAGAUGAGGCAGCAACUGCAUCUUCUGUUUCAGAUGGCAGCAGUGUGGUUGGAACUGAGGAGAACAGUUUUGACCGCAGCUAUGUAAAAAAGAAAUUGGAACAUGGGCUUUCACGAAUAUGGCAGGAUGUUCAACUGAAAGUGAAAACGUACCUUUUGGGAACAGAUCUGUCUAACUUCAAAUAUGAUGACUUCAUAUUUGUACUUGAUGUUAUCAGCAGGCUGAUGCAAGUUGGAGAAGAAUUUUGUGGCAGUAAAUCUGAAGUUUUGCAAGAAUCCAUCAGAAAACAAAGCGUUAACUAUUUCAAAACAUACCACAGAACCCGUCUUGAAGAAUUAAGAAUGUUUUUGGAGAAUGAGACCUGGGAACUUUGCCCCGUUAAAUCAAACUUCAGCAUUUUACAGCUUCACGUACGUUCUUUGAGUAACACAUACAAAAGUGUUGAUACUGCAAUAUCUAAGAGUGAACUGCCAUGAAAAUGCUAAGUGACU